AUGCUGGCUUCAAGAAUCCCUCUGACGAGGGUCAAGUCCAUGCGAGAAAACCUCAGGGAGAAAGACAGGCUGAAGGAUUUCCUGGGGAACCAUCCUUACAACCUGGCCUACAAGUUUGUUGACUCUGUAAAUCUGGACCUGGGGAUAUAUUUUGAACCGAUGAGGAACUACCUGGAUCUGGCCUACGUUGGCACCAUCAGCAUUGGAACGCCCCCGCAGGAGUUCAAGGUCAUCUUUGACACCGGCUCGUCUGACUUGUGGGUGCCCUCCAUCUACUGCUCUAGCCCUGCCUGCGCUAAUCACAACGUCUUCAACCCUCUGCGGUCCUCCACUUUCCGGAUCUCGGGCCGGCCCAUCCACCUCCAGUACGGCUCCGGGACGAUGUCAGGAUUUCUGGCCUACGACACCGUUCGGUUCGGGGGCCUCGUUGACGUGGCCCAGGCGUUUGGCCUGAGCCUGAGGGAGCCCGGCAAGUUCAUGGAAUACGCAGUUUUCGACGGCAUCCUGGGCCUGGCCUACCCCAGCCUCAGCCUCAGAGGGACCGUCCCUGUCUUCGACAACCUAUGGAAGCAGGGUCUCAUUUCUCAGGAGCUCUUUGCCUUCUACUUGAGCAAAAAGGACGAGGAGGGCAGUGUGGUGAUGUUCGGCGGUGUGGACCACUCCUACUACAGCGGAGACCUCAACUGGGUGCCGGUGUCCAAACGGCUAUACUGGCAGUUAUCCAUGGACAGCAUCUCCAUGAACGGGGAGGUCAUUGCUUGUGAUGGUGGCUGCCAGGCCAUCAUUGAUACAGGAACCUCGCUGCUGAUUGGCCCAUCUCACGUUGUCUUCAACAUCCAGACGAUCAUCGGCGCCAACCGGUCCUACAGCGGCGAGUACGUAGUUGACUGUGAUGCCGCCAACACUCUGCCCGACGUCGUCUUCACCAUCAACGGCAUCGACUACCCGGUGCCAGCCAGUGCCUACAUCCAGGAGGGUACUCAGGGCACCUGCUACAGCGGCUUCGACGAGAGCGGAGACAGCUUGUUGGUCUCAGACUCCUGGAUCCUGGGCGAUGUCUUCCUGAGGUUGUAUUUCACCGUCUUCGACCGAGAAAACAACAGGAUUGGCCUGGCCCUGGCAGUGUAAACACUGGGGCCAGCUCCAGGAAGCAACCGUGCCCACCCCAAACCCACGCGCGUGUGCACACACACACACACACACACACCCGCAGUCAGGGCAUUCCUGCCCAGGGGCCGGCUUGAACUGUGUCUUCGGCUCUGCAAAGCCCUUCUCCCAGUGGGGAAUAAAAGACCUCAU